ACCUAUUUAAUAAAUGCCCACGCGCAUAAUAUUUAUUUAACCGUCCAUGGUUGCAACCGUACGUCGAGGCGCCUGGAACUUUGGAAAUAAAAGAAGAUCGGAGUAUUUUUCUGAACAAACCCCGUCUGAAUCGCGUCAGCACCAAGGGAACCUAGUAAAAGGACUCAUGGCAUCGGACGUGAAAGAAAGUGAAGUGUUGAGGGGUGUAAGUGAUACAAGUUUGAACAAUAGCGACUCAGAUUGUGUCACACCCAGCAGGACUGAUGGGGAUUUGGGAAACAUACAGACAUCUAGUUUCUCGUCUUCUGGAGAGUCGAGAAUGGAGGGUGACCAGGAUUUACAGGGUAGCUCAGCCUCAGCGUUGGAAAAUCGCGAAAAAUCUCGUCGAGAAAAUGUGACCAAAACAAGAAGGACAACGCCAGGAAAAGUGCAAAAACAGUCUGGAGGAGGAAGCUCUGCCCCGGUUAGCCUUCCCAAGCCGCAUUCACCGCCAGAAGCAUCAGGAAGCAGCUUGGAGCGGCAAGAGUCAGUCGCCACUACAGAAGCUCGUCUGAGAAUGGAAGGAGUUGAGCUGAAGGAAGAGUGGCAAGAUGAAGACUUCCCAAGGCCCCUCCCAGAGGAAGAGGAGCUUGAUGAGUUUUUUUCUGGAACCUCUGAAGAGAGAGACCCUGGUUAUGGAGAGGACCAAAGAAAGAAGGCCAAGAAAAAACUGUCCGCUCCAGACAUGAGUUUGACUCUGGACCGCAGCGAAGGUUCUCUUCUCUCUGAUGAGUUGGAGGAAAUUACAGAUCUGGACCUGGAUGACAUGGAGACGCCCUCAGACAACAGCAAUGAGUUUGAAUGGGAAGAUGAUCUUCCAAAACCAAAAACCACAGAAAUACUACAGAAAACUGUCGAUUCAGUCCAGGAAUAUUCAGCCUCAGAGGAGCGGGAAGAAGGACGACGAUGGAGGAUUUUCCGUUUUGGAGAUCAAGAUCACAGAGUGGACAUGAAGGCCAUUGAACCUUACAAGAAAGUCAUCAGCCAUGGGGGUUAUUACGGAGACGGUUUGAAUGCCAUCAUUGUGUUUGCUGUUUGCUUCAUGCCUGAGAGCGGUCAACCAAACUACAGAUACAUCAUGGAUAAUUUAUUCAAGUAUGUCAUUGGCACACUGGAGCUGCUGGUUGCGGAGAAUUACAUGAUUGUGUAUUUGAAUGGGGCAACAUCUCGGAAAAAGAUGCCAGCUGUUGGCUGGCUCAGAAAGUGCUACCAGCAGAUCGAUCGCAGGUUACGGAAAAAUCUAAAAUCGCUGAUAAUUGUCCACCCCUCCUGGUUCAUUCGUACCCUGCUGGCACUCACAAAACCCUUUAUAAGCUCCAAGUUUUCUCAGAAAGUCAAGUAUGUGUACAGCUUGAAAGACCUUGCUGAGCUUGUCCCUAUGGAGUACGUGGCCAUACCAGAAUGUAUCAAACAGUUUGACGCCGAAAAAAAUAGGAAAAGCAAUAAAAGGAAAAAAAGCCCAAAAAGCAAACGGGUUUAGAGUUGCCGCAGUUUAUAUUUGAGUUGACCAGGAAAUAUCCGGGAAGGUGGAGAUGGCUGCUGCUGCUGUUCCUGAGUGACCACUUCACAGCGCCACAUGAGGAGGAGUUUCAAUCUCUCCAACUCCUGUCUUCAUGUUAUGCUCAAAUUUACAGACAUUUUUUUUUUCUGCACCUAGAGAGCAUUUUUUAGUCUAUGCUGUUACAUUUUCAGACAUUUUGCUGUAUUUUUUUUUUCUUAUCAAACAACCUAACCCUUAUAACUUUGCCCACAUUUGCUGUUCGAAAUAUUGUAAUUUGCCUUUUAGUCCCCUAUGUUAAGUCACGCCUGUUUUCGGUUUUAGUUAAAUCCUCACUAUUUAACACUUUAUUACAAGUGGUUGCUGCAUGUUCUGCUUUGUUACAUUGAAAUAUAUAUUUAUAUUCAAGGUGUUAAAGGAGAGAAAUUUAAUAUAUUUUUAUGAACUGAUUUUUAAACUGCAAUUUAUAGGUGUCAAACACAGAGUUUCAUUUUAUGUAAAGUGUUGGCAGCACCUUUUUCCACUGUUCAUUGCUGAUGUUCUGUUAAAAUUUCACCUGGGGAAAAUAAAGCUUUAUUUUGUUGGCCUUCA